CGCCUAAACGAAAGCGACGGAGGGGAGACCCGUUUCGCAGCGAACUUCCCUUAGGCGACGCCUCCUCACGCCGGCUUGACUGCGCUUGCGCGGAGGCCGGCGCGGCCUCCCCAUUGGCUCUCUGUGUAACGCUUAGCUUCCUCCUCCAGCUCCCCCUUACCUAGUCUAUCUAUCGCGCCUUUGCACGCCACCUUGUCGUCAGUCAAUCGGGUGAAGUAGGCGGGCGCGCGAGCGAGCGAGCGAGAAAAGCAGACCGCGGGCUCGCGACCAACCGCCGUCCCGCGUGCGCUCUGUUUUUUCCAGACGCUUUUCCGAGGGAGGAGCUAGUGUGAGUGCGCGCGCGCUGGAGGAAUUACGGCGCAUCCGCUGGCGGUUGGGGCGUUCCCUCCGAGGGGAGCAGCCGCAUCAGGAGCCUCGAGCCGGCCCUGGAUGGAUUAUACUAUUGUUUCUAGAAGUCCAAGAAGAGGUUGCCCACGAGUGCUGCUCUCCAUGAAAUGCCAAAGAGGAGUGUGGAAGCAAACUAGUACAGUUGCGUGUGCACAGUUCUUCUAGGGUUGAAGUGAAACAGGUCUGUGGAGGUAAACAGGCUUUAGUUACUGCUACUCAGUACAGCCUUUCAAGAAGCAUUCUUGCGCUCAAGAACCAAAAGCACCAAGAACAUAACUAGCCAUACACAGUACAAGCCAAAUGGGAAGAUUUUCCAGCAAGAUUUGGAACUGGACUUGUUUAGUCUACACCCUUCAUCUUUCCUGAUUCUUCCCUUCCCUGAUCCUGUUUUUUAAUCUACUGGUCUUAUAGUCCAGUUAUUUAUUUUAUAAUUUAAUUUAUCUGUCACCUGCUAAGUUAGGUGUCAGACACUUGCUAUCGCCUGAAUGGACAGGGACACAUUUGCUUACUCCACCAAGUUUUUUCGCGAUUAUAGUGGUCCACCUCGGGGUGCAAGCUGCCAAUCCCACGAACAUGUUGACUACAUUGAAAAGCCAGAAACAUUCACAUAUGCAGACUUUUUCAAGGAUUACUUGAUCCCCAAUGACCCCUGUGUUUUCUCAGCAAAGUUCACCGAGGGCUGGGGCAGCAGGAGAAAGUGGGUGACUCCAGAUGGGAAGCCUAACUUUGAGUAUCUUCUGCGGAUGUUUGGGGAAGCUGUAGUACCUGUUGCCAACUGUGAUGUCAAGGAAUACAAUUCUAACCCAAAGGAACAUCUCAAACUCAAGGAAUACAUAAGUUAUUGGAAAGAACACAUUAAGAACAGCUAUCAGUCCCCCCGGGGGUGUCUUUACCUCAAGGAUUGGCACCUGCACAGUUGCUCUGGAACAAGUAAAAAGAGGGGCAGGGAGAGCCUGCUGAGGACUGGGGCUUUCCCAGAGCAAGAUGUUUACACCACCCCCAUCUAUUUCUCAUCUGACUGGUUGAACGAAUACUGGGAUGCCAUCGCAGUGGAUGACUAUCGCUUUGUCUACAUGGGACCUAAAGGCUCAUGGACUCCAUUUCAUGCAGACGUCUUCCGUUCCUACAGCUGGUCGGCCAACAUUUGCGGGAGAAAGAAAUGGCUGGUCUUCCCCCCGGGGCAGGAGGAGUACCUCCGUGAUCGCCACGGUCACUUGCCGUUUGACAUCACUGCACCUGCCCUGAAAAAGAGCAGCCUUUACCCUCGCUUUGCCCAAAGCAGCCCUCCUGUUGAAAUCAUACAGGAAGCUGGAGAGAUUGUCUUCAUCCCCAGUGGAUGGCACCACCAGGUUUACAAUCUGGAAGAUACGAUCUCCAUCAACCACAACUGGGUGAACGGGUGCAACAUAGCCAUCAUGUGGAGCUUCCUGCAGGACGAACUAGCUGCCGUCCAACGGGAGAUCCGAGAAUGGAGAGACAGCAUGGAGGAUUGGCACCUGCAAUGCCAGGUUUUGAUGAAGUCUUACACAGGCAUUGACUACAAGGAGUUCUACAACUUCCUCAAGAUCAUUGCAGAGAACCGGAUUUAUGUCCUUGAAAACCAUCACACUGAAGAAGAUUCCUCCAAGCAUUCAUACAGAGCUGCUAUCUCUGGCUUGGGAAUGCUGCAUGCUGUCUUUGACUUGAAGAGGACUGCAAAGGUGUUGACCUCUUUGAACGCCAACGAGGAAUUCAAGAAACUGAACCCUGAGACCUUUUCUCCUCCUCCUCAGGCACUCCUGCACCGCCUGAAAGCAGCGAUAGACACUGCCCUCCUCUAGUUUCCCUCCCGUAGUUUAUUUUGACCACUUGCAGAAAUUCUUCCUUUGCAGGCUGGGAGCAUGCUGAUACGUUAUGUCAAUCCCCCCCCCCAUUUAGAAGUCUUAAGCACAGUGAAUUUCAGUGAUGAAUAGAGAAUACAGAACCAGAGGCAGGAAGUAAGGACAUUUAAGCAUCUAGGGAACUGGCAGUAGUUGGAAAAGGAGAGCAUUCCCCCAGUGAGAUUAUCCACUUUGUCACUGACGAAUAUGACUAUUUGUACCAGUCUUUCUAAGCCCUUUAGACUCUAACCCUAUGCAGCAGGUCUGGGGUACCUGCGUCCUUCCAGAGGAAGUUGCACUGUAGCUCUCAUCAUUCCUGAUUGUUGGCCCCGCUGGCUGGGACUUGGAGUUUAGCAACAUCCCGAGGGCCACGGAUUCCUCACCCUCUGCUCUACCUUCGUACCUGGGAGUAUAUGCCCUGUUGAACACAGUGGAACUUACUUUUGAGUAAAAGUGCAUAGAAUUGCACAGUUAGUUUGGGGGCCUUUUGCCCGCCAAAAGAUAAAUGAAAGACAUUUCAAGUUAGAGUGUCUUCUUGAUGACCUGCAGUGUUAGUUACAUGAUUGAUAACUCUUCCCUCCCCCCACAUCUGAUGUGUUAUUUAAGUGAAAGAAAUUAGGGGGGGGGACAGAAGACAUUUCAGUCCAUAUGCUGAAGUGGCUUCUUGAGGUAAGUAAUCAUGGGAAUAAAGAAAAGUGUGUGUACCAUCUCAUUAGUUGGUAUGCAAUAGUCACCUUUUCAUAGUCCCCACUAGCUUCAUUUCUCCAUGUACUGCAUUGGGGGGGGGGGGAGAGAGAGAGAGAGGGAAGGUCAAGGAUACUCACCUCACGCUUGGCAUCGCUCUUUCAGGGACUCUGAGCCAUCAAAGCUCAGUGGGCCUACACAGCCCAAGCCUGGCAGCUGGACUACAGGUGCCCUCCGUAAGGAUAAGCUGGGCCACGUGUGGACUGCAAGCACUAGUUGGGACCGCUCUUUAACUGCCUUCUCGUUUUUGGUUAUUGCCCGAAUAAGAAGGUCUAGGAACUGUAGUUGAACUGGUGUUUUUUUAAUUCUGAAAUGGUGGCACAUUUGCAGCCCAGCUAUCCACACAAACAUCAAGGGCAGAAAAUAAUUUAAAAUACUGCCCUUCAAGGUUUGUCACAUGGCAAGCCCACCCAUGACUCAUUGUUGAUUGUACAAGAGUGCUGGACUGUUUAACGGUGACUCUGUUUUUGGUGUCUCCCGUUAUCUUUCUCCUCCUCCACUUUUUCUGAAUUGUUUCCUGUGCCUAUGCAGAGCAUCCAAAUGAACCACAGUGGCUGGAACUGGAGGCCUGCUAGAGCCACUAGCCAAGCAGAGGCAGAAGCAAAGGACAUGCUUGGAAAU